AUGGAAUGCCCUAUGUGUGCUGAGCUUUAUGAUGAAAUAAUAAAAAUUCCAAGAAAUCUUCCUUGUGGACAUACAUUUUGUGAAUAUUGUUUGAAAUAAAUACUUAGUUUAAAAAGUUAUUUAGAAUGCCCUAAUUGUAGGAGAAAAUUUGAAAGGAAUUUAUAAAUUGAUUAAUUAUCCAAAAAUUAUAUAGCAUUAGAUUUAGCAAUAAAAUAAUCAUAGCUUUAAAAAAAACUCCAUAUGUGUGAUAAGCAUUUCGAGUUUUGCCUAUUCUUUUGUGAAGAUUGUUAAUUAAACAUGUGUAUGUAAUGCAUUGCUUCUCAUUCAGGACAUAAGUUUGUAAAAUAAUAACAUUCAGUGUAUUUACUAAGGGAAAGGUUAGACAAAGCAAACCAAAAAUUAAACGAAUUUAUAAGUAUAUUUGAAAAAGAAAAUGAUAUUCAUUUAAAAAAUAUUGAUUAUUAUAAUUAAAUAUAAGAUACUUAAGUUAAAAAAAUAGAAGAUCAUUUUUAGCAAAUAAUAAAUGAAUUAAAAAUGCAAAAAGAUUUAGUUAUACACGAAUAUAAAUAGAAUUUCGAUUUGUUUAAAACUUAAGUAGAAUUUGAUAUAUAAUUAUAAGCAAGUUUAUAAGAAUAUGCACAAUAAUAAAUUUAAAAAGUUAAUGAAUUGGACUUAAAACUUAAAGAUACAAAAGUUGUUAAAAAUGAUUUAAUUGUAAAUUAAAUAGAGAAAAUUGAAGAAGAUUUAGUAAAAUUUGUAAAAGAAUAAAACUCAAAAUAGCAAAAAGUAACUUAAAAACUGAAUAUUCCAGAGCUUAUUUUUAAUAGUCAAAUAUAUGAAAAUAUAAAAAGUACUGUUCUGAUAUAAAAAAUAAAUAAUCCAAGAAUUUGUUUUUUCGGAAACAAUAAUACUGUUUUAUAAUAUGAUCUCAAGAAAAAUAAUUGGUAAAUACAUUAUCUAAAUCAAAUAAAUAAUGCAUAAUAAAACUAUUCUUUUAUUUGUUAGAGUUUUUCUGCCUCAACAACUCUAUAGAAUGGUAAUAUAUUAAUAUGUGGAGGAGGAAAAUCAAAUGAAGUGUAUUAAAUUUCAGUCCAUAAAAGAGAGGUAAAAAAAUUAAAUUCUAUGCAUUAUGCACGAAAAGAACAUAGUGUUCUAAGAUUAGCUGAUAAUAAAAUAUUAGUAAUGGGAGGCUAUAAUGCAAUAGAAUGUAAAAUGUUAAAUAAUUGUGAAAUUUAUGAUUUUAAUAGUGAUAUUUGGACAAAAGUAAGUAAAAUGCAUUUUUAAAAGUGUGCUUUUGCUUCUUGUGUAAAUCCUUAAGGAGAUUGUGUUUAUACGUUUGGAGGAUUUGAUGGGAUUAAAAGAUUAAGUAUAAUUGAAAAAUAUAAUAACUAAAAUGAUCUUUGGGAAAUUUUACCUAUUUAAUUAGAGAAACCUUUAUCUAAUGCGGCAGCUGUUUCUUGGAAAAACGCAAAUAAUGAAGAUUUUAUUUUUAUUUUAGGCGGUGGUUACGAUGAAUGCUUUUCAAGUGAUGUUUUUUCGUUUAAAAAUGAUUAAAUUAGUCUCUUUUCUAAAAUGGAUAAUGGAAAAGAUCUUAGAAAUAAGUGUAUUAUAUUUGGUAAUAAUUUAUAUACUAUAGGAGGAAAUUAUCAUAUUUGUGAAUAUUUGAAUUUAGAAAAUAAAUAAUGGCAUUAAAUUGAAUCUUAUUAAAAAUAAAUUUUAGAUAACUUAGAUUGCUGGUCUUGUGCUAUUUCUUUUUCUUUAUAAGAAAUAAAUAUUGAAUUGGACGAAUUUCAUGAAGAGGAGGAUAUGGAAAAUAUGGAUAAUCAUUAUGAAAAAUAUAAAGAAUUAUACAAAAUGUAUGUUUACGAUGAAAACUAAUGA